AGAGCUGUCAUACUUCUGUACUCGAAAAGUAGGAUAGAUCUGAUGGAUAGAAAUCUGUAUAUUAUCGAUUAAAUAUCAAACUACUUUCUUUGAUUCAAGAAUAUGCAACUUACAAGUCGCCCACUAUUACGCGAAGUAUCGCUCAGAAUGAAAGGAAAAGUUUGCAGAAAACUAAAUCGACUUUCUUUGCUUUUUCAUAUUUUACAUUUGCCUUUAUCGGAAUGGAAUUCGGUGAAGAGGUAGCUACGGUAAUAGAAAAUUGCCUCUCGAUUACCGUUAGCAGAUUAGAAUGGAAUGAGACGCGCUGCAAAGAAAAAUGAUGGAACGUUUCCCUCCAAUGAACCGGAUUCCUCUUGCGUGCAAUAAACUUUUUUCAUAGACACAGUAUAACAUAAUUAUGAGGCUACAAACGUUGUCCUUUUUCUUCUGUAUAAUCUUUAACCUGUUUAAAAUUGCACGCUUUCGAGUUGGAAAUUUGCAAAUUCCUAAAACAAAAGCAAGAAGACCUUCGCAUUUAACUUCAUCAGUACCAUCCAUCAUCUCUGCAACACAAUAGAUUAAAAUAGCAUUUUCAAGAUUGGAAAAUAUUUGGUAUCACAUAAACUUGUACGAAAUAUCUAAAUGUUGAAUUGAGAAUCUUCCUAAUUAAAUAAUUAGUGACAAUAACUAAUAACAAAAUACUGCAGAAUCUUCUAUUCAUCAAAUAAGGAAUAUAUCAUCUAUUUCUCUUUCCAUGACAAGAAAUAAGAUACUUUGUAAUGUCGCAAGGACUAUGUGCAACCAAAAAGAUCCUUCAGAAAAACAGUCGUUAAUCUAAUAAAAAAAAUCAUGUAGAGCUAACUAACGGAGUAAGAUUAAUUUAAUUUAACGCCAUAAAACGGAGCAUAGACCUAAUUUAAUAAAAUUCUAAUGUGAUGAUAAAAUAAUUUUUAAGUUACUAACGAUCCAAUAGAAUCAUGUGUAUUCCACUAACCUCAGGACCUUCGAUCUACUAUCGAAGCGAGGUCUUAGAAGUUCUCACGAGGAAGUCGAGUACUGAAUACCAUACAGAAAUCCCGUAAGCUGCGCUCGUAAGGCAGCCCCAGAGAAAUUGUCCUUUUUCGCAUACGACGAACAAGUCCGAGAAAGACUGGUUUCGGCUCGAAUCACCGGAUCAGUCAACGAGGAGACUUCGAGACGGUCGCAUAUCCUGGCCUGACACAGGCCAAUCAUGGCUGUCGACUUCAAGUCGAUCCUACGCGUCGUGUUUAUCGGUUUAUCAGUGAUCAUCAUCGCGUCGAAUCGAGUCAUUGCUCGACCACAGCGCGGCGAUUUGGAAUUUCUGCCCGUAGAAAAUUACGAUUGUUCUUCCAUGAGAAAAGAUGAUUGGUCCUCCGACAAAGGAAACCGUGAAACAAGAUAUCUGGAUGAAGAGAAUACUACAUUCAACGAAACUGACUAUGAUUUAUUGAUCGAUAACGAUGGCAGAGGAUUCUCUUUUGUAAAUAUCGUUGAAUCAGUGUUUUUUGCGGUAGCUAAUGGAAUCGAUUCCAUCAUGACUACUAUUAUCGGUACAGAGAAAAAUUUCAAACCGCGGUCGUCCAGAGUUAGCUACAAAAAUUAUCAAUUGAUCAGAUUGUACCCAAGUUCACAAGGACACGUGAACGAUCUGAAAGAUCUUAAAGAAACUGAGCCUGAAGAUGUUAAGUUUUGGAUCGAACCAAUGUACAACAAGACAACAGACGUGGUUAUCGCGCCAGAUCUUGUCUCUGACGUGAAAAUAUUCUUUAGAAACAAAGGGAUCGAUUUCAAAGUGCUGAUGCCGGACCUUCAGAAAAUAAUAGCGUAUCAGAAUCCAAAAAUGACAAAGGAGCAACGCGAAGAUCUUGUCAUGACUAAUGGCCACAGUAUGACUUGGAAACGGUAUCAUCGAUAUGGAGAAAUCGUUAAGUAUUUGGAAUAUUUAGCCUUGAGUUAUCCAACCCUAGCCGAAGUGAUAACUAUAGGACAUAGUUAUGAAAACCAACCUAUCAAAAUGAUAAAAAUUUCAACCGGACCGAAUAAAGAAGGCGAAGCCAAACCGGCUGUUUGGAUAGACGCCGGUAUGCACGCACGCGAAUGGAUCGGCUCCGCUGUGGCGACCUACAUCAUCAGCCAGUUGGUCGAGAAAAACUCGAGCUACGCUAAAUUGCUCGACAAUUCGGACUGGAUGAUCUUACCGGUCGCAAAUCCGGAUGGCUAUGAGUUCACUCACACUGGCGACAGAUUAUGGAGGAAGACGAGAAGUAAUCAUGCAGAAAAUCAAGAUGACAGUCGGUUUCUUCAGCUAGUGAACCAUUAUACAGGGUGGUUAUGGGGCAAAUGCGAGGGUGUCGACCCGAAUAGAAACUUUGACUACCAUUGGGGUGAAAUGGAAGAGGGUGGGGCGAGCUUGGACCCUUGCCACGAAACUUACGCCGGACCGCGCGCGUUCUCCGAACCGGAAACGAAGGCAAUGGCCGAUUAUAUCUUGGCUAACAAACAAAAUAUUAGGAUUUAUCUAACGUUGCACUCGUACUCACAAAUGUGGCUAGUGCCAUGGGGAUAUACGUACUCAAAACCGUCCGAUUAUUCCGAAUUAGCAAACGUAGCUAAAAAAGCGAUAGGAGCCAUUUCGAAAAUACACGGGACCGAUUAUCAACUUGGUACAUCGGCACAUCUGUUAUAUCCAACCUCAGGUGCUUCUGACGAUUGGGCCAAGGGAGUAGCCGGAAUAAAAUACGCCUACACGUUAGAGCUUCGAGAUCGCGGCACGUACGGGUUUCUACUUCCGGCGUCACAGAUCGUGCCAACUGCUCGUGAGAUUUGGGCAGGAAUAAGAACGAUCGCCCGUCUAAUCACUUGCAACACAUGAAAUCGAUCUCUAUUAUCAAUUGAGUACUUCAACGUAAAAUUGUUAAUUAUCGUGUCUUAUCGGCGCAAUGAUUUUGACGACUAUCGAUAUCGAGGAAUGAAUCUAUCUCGUGCGACAGUGAUAAUUUGGAUUGAUAAGCAUGGAAUCGAUCGAAACCAACGAUAAUAGCAAUUUAUUUUCCGUUACGAAAUUAUCAAAUGUGUACAUAGUUUGUCACCGGGAAUAUUAAAAUGCUAUUCAGAAUUCUGUAACCUACUGACAGAAUUUUAUUAUUCACUGCAUGUACCAGCUUUACUAAAUAUUCCAACGCAGAUAAUCGUAUUAAAUUCUAAUAAGUGAUAUGUAAAUAUUGUAAAGUAUACGCAAAGUAUAUAGAAAUAUAAGAGUUUAGUAAGAUGUAAAAGGAAGUGAAUGGACGAAUAAAUGAAUUUAAAAAAGACAAAUUAUAUUCAUCAUUUCGGAGAAAUAAGUUAGAAUAUAUUUUUUGAGGUUUAGGUCAAUAACCUAUUUGUAUCUAUAUUUAAUAAAAAUUUUUUAACAAUUGAAAUACUCAACCCCGAUACAAACGCGCCACGAUACAACAAUGAAUCUAUUAUCUAACCAUAUCUAAUGGAAAAAUA